CUGUCAAAUUUUGGUUCUUCAUAAUGACAUAUUGUGAAAAUACCUUCAAUCUAUUUUAUCACAAUAACAAUCAUUUUUAAAUUAUUCACAAUAAUGAUUGAAUUGCAAUAAAGUCUUUUCAUUUCGUCAGAACAAUGCACAAAUUGUUUAACUUUAAAUUAUUUGUAUUUUCGACAAAGUAAUAUAGAAAUAUAUAAAUAGAAAAAGAGUGAGUCAUAAAAUUUAUUUCGUAAUGACUGUAAGUGAGAUUGUUGAUAAAAAUGACGACAUUUCAUUUAAAAAAUAAUCAAGAAAGUAAAUAUUCGAUAUAUUUAUCUAGAAAGAAUUUAAGGGGCUGAAAAUGAUCUCCAAAAACAAUCCAAGAAAAGUUACAUUAGGAAUGAUGAAAGGGACUUCCGUCCCUUCAAUUAAAUACCAUGCAAGCGAUGAUGAGCUGGAAGAAUUGUAUUCAGAUGAAGAAUCGGAAAAACUAUCUCCAAAGUGCAGUCCUCUUAAAAAGAUGGAUAAUUCUGAAUCUUUCGAAAGUAACCUGGAGAGGCGAUCAACCAGCAUGGAUGAAAAUUUAUCAGAAGGAACACCACCUUCUGAUACUUGGAAAAUGCUGUUAGAUAUUAGGGGAAAAAUAACAAAGACUUUUGAAGAUAAGAUUUCGGAAAUUAAAAGUGAAAAGAAGAAAAAGAAGAAGCGAAGAAGAGCAGACGUUGGCAGUGUUAGCGAUUCUGAAAACUUUGAAGAUAUCACUCCUGUAGAUGAAAGUAAUUCCGAAAAGCAAAGCAAAGAAUCUUUUUCACCACUUUUGCGGAGAAGAGUUAAUUCCUCUAGAUUUACUUUUCAUGAAAUUGAAACAGGAUUAAAAACCAAAAAUUACGAAGAAAAAUCCAUAGAAAGUGGUGUAGAGGCUGUUGAGCUUUUCGAAGACAUUGUAAACAAGACUAAUAUUCCUAAACAAUCGGAAAUUUCAAGGAUAGGGAUUAAUUUUAAAGACUUUUGUUGUCGCAUUUAUAAAUCUACAAGUGCACAACCAACAGAAACAGAACACAUUUUACGGCAGCUUUUAAAUUUAUUAUUAUAUAAAUUAUUUCUUUUAACUUGUAUAUUAUUAGUUUUGUGGAUAGUUCCACUUUCUGAUAUUAUAAAAGGAAUUUGUGUAGGAAUUUUUGUCUCGUUUAUUUAUAGGAAAACUUACUUUCAAAUUCAACAAGUCUUGUCAACUCCUCCAAAAAAGAAAUUAAUUUCUGUACUUGAAAUUCCUGCAGUAGAGGAAUUCGCUGUGCUGGAUAAAUUUGAAGGAUGGCUAAAUGAACUGCCAUAUGAUUACAAGCCUGAAAAUUAUCAUGUGGCAAGAACAAAAUCAGUUUUUUUAAAAUUAGAAGGCGAUAUUCUUCAAGUUUUAGAGACUAAAACAAGAAUACCCAAAAGAGCUGUAUGGGAUGAACCAAGCCAUAAAGUUAAAUUUACAAAGAAACGAAUUUAUUCUUUGUCUGGGUCGUCAGUCGAAUUACUUCCGUUGGCUUUAAUUAGAAGAAGGAGAUGGAGUAAGAAGUAUCCCAUCUGUAUAACUUUAACGAAAGAAGCUUUAAUUGAAUGUAAUUUUCUAAAAAAUUCUUCUGAUGAUGAAAGUCAACAAAUUGAAAGUGGAAAUGGUAAAAUUAUUGUGGAAGAAGAAGAAACCGAUGAUGAUCUUUCUCAAUCGAAAGAGAUGAAAGAUGUUUUCGAAGACAGCAAAGAAGAAUUCGAAGAUGUAAAACAUAAAAUAUUUAUUUUUGCUAGAACUGAUCGUCAAAAAGAAGACUGGUAUAGACAAUUAUCAUUGUCAGCAAAAGUAGGAAGUAAACGAAGUUCGAUAUCAUCAGCUAAAGAGUUGCCAUUAUUUCAAAAUUCUUCGCCAAUAACAUUGCCAAAUGAAACGAAAAAUUCUAGUUGGAAUUUUUUCUUUGAAAUCCCACCUGAGAUAUCCUACAUGUCUUAUAUGAGUCGUUAUACUGAAAAUCAAACGACACCUCCACAUCUACAGUCAAAUUCAUCUUUAUUAUUGAACGACCAAGUGUGGCUAAAUGCUCUACUGGGUCGAUUUCUCUUCGACAUGCAUAAGUGUCCAGAUAUGAUAAAUCUUAUUCAAGAUAAGAUACAACGAAAACUUUCCAACAUUAAACUUCCAUAUUUCAUGGAAAGUUUACAAGUAUCUGAAUUAAUUAUUGGACAGGGUGCUCCUAUAAUUCAUAAUUCAACGAAACCUCUUUUAGAUGGAAGAGGUCUGUGGUUCGAUUUAGAUAUCUCUUAUGAAGGAUGCUUAACUAUGACCAUUGAAACUAAAUUAAAUCUCAUGAAGCUAAAGAGGACAGGUUCUCUUUCUACUAAUUCUAAUUCUAACGAUACCUUAGAAUCAGAUAAAUAUAUACCAGCACGAUCUCCCGUCUACUGUAGUGAUGUCGAAGAUAGUCCUGAAACUUCAACAGAAGACGAGGAUAAUGUGCAAUUUGCUUCACCCAGUGUUUCAAGAGAAUCCACUCCAACUCAGUCUUCUGGUCGAAAAUUUCUGAGCAUGAUGGAUAAAUUAGCAUCUAGUAAAUAUUUUCAAAGCGCUACAGAAUUAUCAUACGUCCGUCGAGCAAUGGAAGGAGUCUCCAAUACAGAAAUCAAACUCAUGGUUAGCGUUUCAAGCAUUCAGGGCUGUUUAGCUGUAAACGUUCCACCAUCUCCUUCUGAUCGCUUGUGGUAUGGAUUUAAGCCUGUUCCAAAGAUAAGUUUAACUGCGAAACCCGCACUUGGUGAAAAAACAUUUGACAUUGUUUACCUCACACAAUGGAUAGAAACAAAACUUUUAAGAGAAUUUGAGAAAAUUGUCGUCAUUCCAAAUAUGGAUGACUUAUUGAUACCACUUUGUCCUAAUUAUCCUUAUGUUUAAAUUUUUACUCUUGUUGUUGGAUUCCUUUAUUUCACAAGAACUGGUUAAAUGAAAUAACUUGUUGUUUUUCAGUUACUUUAAUUACGAAAUUUAAUCUUUUACAAAAUUUUAAUUCUGUUUUCAUAAAAUUAAGAAGAAUUUUCAGAUUUUUGUGAAUAUCUUAAAAGUUAUUAUACAGGGUGUUGCAAAAGUAUGGAACUCCUUAAAUAUUUUUGAGCAAGUAUUAAUUGGUAAAACGAAUGAACGGAAUUAUGGUCCAUAUGGGCCUGUUUUGUUCUGUUCUCAAUAACUUUUGUUUAAAACAUUUUUCUCAAAAAUACAUAUUUUAAAAAUUAUUUAAAGGGUUUCAUAAUUUUUUUCUUUUACCCAAGAACUGAGAACAAUCGUUUUAGUUGUUAUAAAUUAAAAAUAGAUACACAGUUCAUGUCAGAUACAUAUUUUUAUAUAAAGAUUACAAUAAGACAAUCAUGAUCUUAAUUUAUAUUCUAAGUGAAAAGGAAAUUUUACUUUCUUGGGCACAUUUUUAUUUUAAUAUUUCUUGUAAUUUAAUUGUUAAACUUAUUUUCAUUAUUAUUGUUAUUAUUAUUAUAUUAUUAUUGUUCCUUUAAUAAAUUUAUAUUGUUGAAUAUACGCAUUUAAAAUGGA